AUGAGUUGGAUGGUCCUCAGAGACCUCUUGGGCGGAGUAAAUACAUCCUCCACGGGGAUUGGGCGGAUCUGGCUGGCCGUCCUGUUCGUCUUCCGCUUGCUGGUCUACAAGGUGGCGGCGGAACACGUGUGGAAAGAGGAGCAGAGAGAGUUUGAGUGCAACGUUAGACAGCCCGGCUGUGCAAACGUGUGUUUUGACUACUUCUUCCCCAUCUCCCAGGUCAGACUUUGGGCCUUACAACUGAUCAUGGUCUCCACGCCAUCACUGCUGGUCGUUCUACACGUAGCCUACCGCGCAGGCAGAGAGAAAAAGCAGAGGAGGAAACUCCGCGCCAGCCCAGGCGCCGUGGGUGGGGGCCUAUGGUGCAUCUACCUGAUCAGCCUCGUGGUCAAAGCGGGCUUUGAAAUUGGCUUCCUGGCCUUAUUCUACAAGCUGUACGGUGGCUUCCGUGUCCCCCGCCUUUUGAAGUGCGAUCGGAAGCCCUGCCCCAGAACUGUGGACUGCUUUGUCUCCAGACCCACGGAGAAGACCGUCUUCACGCUCUUCCUGGCAGGGGCUUCGUGCCUGUGCGUUGUGUUGAACGUCACUGAACUGAGCUUUUUGGUCCUCAAGUGUUUCACUAAGUGCUGCCUCCAAAAUCACUCUACAAGACUGCAGCCCUCCGCGUGUGAGCGCCACGAGCUCAGGGGCCCCGGCGCUGCUCCGGGAGCACUGCUCAGACUCGCCACCGGCACAGCCCGGGGAGGAGAAACCACGCUCCUCCGCGACGCGCGAGGCGUAGCCAAGGCGAAGCCCGCAGCUCCCUCCCACAAGACCUAG